UGCCAAUCAACAACAUGCCAAUCAAAUGGAUUUUGCAAUGGCGGCCAAAUGCAGGAACAACGCUCAGCACUCAGAUACUUUCUGAAGUUUCUCAAUGCAUCGAAACGAUUAAUGGGGUUAAAGAAGGAAGAUGGAAAAAUACUGUUAGCUUUUAUAGACCAAUACUCAAAGAUCAAGCAAAAGCAGUGGAGUUUCCCAAGGACUUUAUGGGAAUUUCGCUUCAAGAGCAACCCGACAUGUAUUACAUGAUAAUUAGACAGCAACGGUUGAUCAUGGAAGCGGAGUCAUCAAUGCAAGAGAUAAUGGAGAAGUUGCAGUCUUACAAAACGAGGAUUGCAAUCAGUUUUGAGGGGAUUCAGUAUCGACUUGGUGACUUUAGACUGCGAGUGGGCAAAGUUUCUCCAGUAAACUCUGAGAACUUGAGGGGAAUAAUGAUGGAGAUGGAGUAUCUUCCGAUUUCUUCAUGGGAGACAUCGCACCAGAUUAUGAAUGAAUUCUUCGACAUAUUGAAGGAAACUCUUGGAGGAAGAUCAUUACCAGGUCAUUUUGUGCACGUUGAACCAAAUUUUUCGGAGUAUGGCCUCUCUGAUCAAUACACUUCGCAGCAUACAGCAGUACAAUAUGCUAGCUUCAUGGCGCAAAUGAUAUCAACAGGUCAAUCAUCACGAUCAGCGAGAAAUUAGAAUGCUUUGUCGAUUAUAAUAUUUCCUUUAGCUAUAGAAAUUAGAACGCGAUGUUGUUAUAGAGCUACUUUUUUAUCUACUUGCAGUUAAAUCAGAGUUGCAAUAGUAAGCAAGCUUAGAGCUACUAUGGUUUCACAUCUCUGUAAUUUCUUCUUGGUUUUAA